UUUUCAUUUAUCCUUCUUCAACCCAAAAAUUAGCACAACAAAGAGCAGACCUUCAAUUUGGAAAAAAAAGAAGAAGAAAAGAGCAGCCCUUCAAAAUCUACAACACCAGAGAGCAUCCCCCUCAUAUAGGGUCCCUUCUACCACAACCGGCCGCAACAGAUACCAUCUUUCCUGCUUUACAUUCUGAAUUUUUAUUUUUGAGAUGGAUUCACCAAAUACUGAUCCUCUCACAGACCCAUUUGCAGAAAACAAUCUUCAGCCAUACUUCGUGCUGCACAAAUCAUCAAAGUCUUCAGAAUCUACCUUAAAAUCUCCUGGAAAAUCCCGGAAGAGAAGACUUGAUUCUUCACCCAAAGUAUCAUCAAGCAAUGAAAAUACCAGUGAUGACUUGAAAAUGGAAGCUUUCCACUGUGUGUGGUCAAAAAUUGAAUCCAAUAUCAAGGAUGUUUUGACGAGUAUAAAUGCCGAUGUGUUUGAUGAAAUCGGACAAUGGGUUUGUGAAUCUUUUGAUGAGAUUUGUUCAUGUAGAGGGCCCGUUGAUCCAUCAACUUCAAGCCUUCCAUACCCUUUUGUUAAUAAUGGCGGUAUAGUUAAAAAGCUCUUCACUGGUCUGGUUUUCACCAAGAAUAUCGAAACUGUCGAUGACAUAUUAACUUUUGCUGACCUUGGUUUAAACUUGAAAUCUCGUGGAUACCAUGUUGCGAAUAUUUCCUCGUUGGAUUUUUCUACCAAGAAUGGCAUUGGGGGUUGUCUAAGAGGGUUGCUGAGACAAUUGCUUAUGGUUGAUGUAGAAGCAGCUGAAAUGUCCCUUUUAGCAUCAUGGUAUAACGGCCACGGGAAGUAUGAGAACCCCGUGGUAGUGAUUAUUGAGGAUUUGGAGAGGUGCUCUGGGACUCUCUUAUCAGAUUUCAUCAAUAUGUUGAGUGAAUGGGCUGUUAAGAUUCCAAUCAUCUUAAUAGCUGGUGUUGCAACAAGUGUUGAUGCUCCCAGAAAUUUGCUCAGUUCACGUGCACUUCAACAUUUGUCUACAUCGAUAUUCACCUUGAAAUCACCUGCUGAAAGGAUGGAUGCCAUUAUUGAGGCUGUUCUGGUAAAAGAUUGUGUUGGCUUUAGUGUUGGCCACAAGGUGGCGACUCUAUUGAGGAACUAUUUUUUAAAACAAGAAGGAACAAUCACUUCAUUUGUUAGAGCCUUAAAGAUGGCAAUUGUCCAACAACUUUCCGUUGAGCCUCUUAGCUUCAUGCUCAAGUUUUCAGUUGAUGACGGAGAUAAUAAGAGGUCGUGCAGUGAGGAACUUGCUAAAUUGCCAGAGGCAUUGGUUAAGCAUGCUUUCGAUCUUCCAUCGUACAGGACUUUUUCAGGACAACACAGGAAUAAUCAUGUAGAACCAAAUGUUAUGACUCUAGCCCUUGGAUUAUCGGAACUGCAGAGAGUGCAGAAAGUAUGGAGAUCUCUCCUUAUGUGCUUGCAUGAAGCUGGAAGAUAUCAUAGAGUUGCACUGAUGGACUUGUAUUGGGAGGCAUUGGAUCCUGGCUUGUACAACUCCAGGUCAUCUGAUAAUAACCUUGAAAGUGCAAAAGGCAUGAGCUUGUUGUCAAAUAAUCAUCACCAUUACAGACAGAAAAAGGCUGAUUUUACAAAUCAGGUCAUCCGCAAAAUGAGGGAUUUACCAGCUGCAAAGUUAUCUCAGUUGCUUAAGAGCUGGGAGAGGCUCACUGAUGGGACAACUGAGGUUCGUGAAAAGAUUAAGGAACUGCAGUUUCAAAUGGUAUCACAGGGUGACAAAAGUCGCAGAGCAGAAUUAAUAGAUAUAUUGAAGAGGCAUGUCAAUCGACGUAGUCUAAAUGCAUGCACAUCAAGUGAAAAAGCUAUGACUUUGGCAACUAACUUGAUAAGGGAGAAUAUGCAGCCCAUUGAGUGUGUCCCAUUUCAUGAAAUUGUUUGCUUCAGGGAUGUUGACAAACUCCAAUCAGCUUUGGUUGGUGAUCCGAGAAGAAGAGUUCAAAUUGAUCUCUUGGAUUUCCACAAAAUUCUCAAGUGUGGAUGCUGCAGCAAGAGUGUGGGUACACUAGUACCAUCUAUGCAUGACACCUCAAUAAUGUAUACUCUGGCGCAGGAGCAUGGUGAUCUCAUCAAUCUUCAUGACUGGUUUCAAUCUUUUAAAGCAACUAUUUCUAGCUCAGGAAAGAAAGGAUUGAAACAGUUGGCUUCACCAAAGAAAAGAAAGGACACCAGCAGUUCUCAAAACAAUUCUGAUGCAUUGAGCCAAGCAAGGUUUUGCAGGGCUGUCAUGGAGCUGCAGAUUACAGGAUUGCUUCGCAUGCCAAGCAAACGACGCCCUGAUUAUGUGCAAAGAGUGGCGUUUGGAGUGUAAAAGCGUGAUGCUACAUGAUGUGAAUGAGGUUUUUUAAUUUACUCUUAGAUAUCUUCUGCAUCUCCUAUUUAUACAAUUCAAUAAUCCUGUUAAGCCAGAGAAUUUUGUUAACCCUCUUAAAAGAAUGGCAUGACAUUGUAGUCAACCGAACCUUUUUGAAAGUCUUUUUAAGUGGAGUACAACUUUUUCAAACCC